AUGGCCGCGGCCGCCGCGUACUGGCUCGCGGAGCACCCGGCCAUCGUGGGGUUCCGGUGGAGCCCCACACACCUGUGGUUCUCCACCUGGGCCUUCCUCCUAGGCUCCCUCGCCGCCUACGUCUUCCUCUGCCUGGCCCUGGACGCCGCCCUGAGCCUCGCCGCCGCCGCCACCGCCCCCCGCCCUCCCAACCGCCGCCGCGCGCCGCUCGCCGUCCCACUAGGCCCGCUGCCCGCAGCGCACGCGCUGCUUAUGGCGGCGGCGUCGUCGGCCAUCUUCGCGGGGACGCUGCUAUCAGCGGUGGCCGAGAUACGCGACACGCGGUGGUCGUGGCGGGGGCGGAGCCACACGACGCCGCUCCGGUGGCUCCUCUGCUUCCCCCCCGGGACACGCUCCUCGGGCCGCGUCUUCUUCUGGUCCUACGCCUACUACCUCUCCCGGUACAUCCACGCGGCGCGGGGCGUGUUCGCGGUGCUGCGGCGGCGCCGGGGCGCCGCGGCGCGCGUGUUCGCGCACGCCGCCUCCGUCGCCAUGGCGUUCCUGUGGCUCGAGUUCUCGCAGUCGUUCCAGGUGCUCGCCAUCCUGGCGUCCACGCUCGCGCACGCCGUCGCGCUCGGGUACCGGUUCUGGGUCGGCGCGGGACUCCCCGCCGCCGGGGGCGGCGCUAGGGGCGCCGCACCCGUCGCGCUCGCGUGCCAGCUCGGACUCCUCGGGUGCAACCUCGCCUGCCACGUCGGCGUCGUCUGGAUGCACUUCGGCGCCGUCGGUGGUGGGUGCAGCGGUAUCGGCGCCUGGGUCUUCAACACCCUGCUCAACGCCGCGCUGCUCUGGGUCUUCCUGCAUUGCUACGGCAAGCGCGGCGUCUUCGACGACGACGGCGGCGUUGCCGGCGGCGUCCCCGCCGCCGUGGCCACAGCCAAGGAGCUAUGA